AUUGUGUGUUGUUGGUGAUAUUGUGUGGUGGUGAUAAUGUGUGGUGGUGUUGUUGGCCUGUUGCAGGUUGUUCGGGGGCUCUGGCCAGGGAGCUGUCCAAGGCCUACCCCUCCUCCUCUGUCACUGUGCUGGACCUUCCUACAGUCAUCCAGACAGCCAGACAGCACUUCUCUGAACAGGAUGAUACCUUCGUGUUUCAGGAGGGAGACUUCUUUGGUGGAGACAUCCCUCCAGCUGAUCUGUACAUCUUGGCCAGAAUCCUCCAUGACUGGAAGGAAGAGAAAUGUGUUCAGCUGCUGAAGAAGAUCCAUGCAUGUUGUCAACCAGGUGGUGGGGUUCUGUUAGUGGAGGCUCUACUGUUUGAGAACCGUCGAGCGGUCAUGGCUCAGAUCUUCUCCCUCAACAUGUUGGUCCAGACGGAGGGAAAGGAGCAUCCUCCCUCUCAGUACUCUAACAUGCUCUCCUUCGCUGGUUUCCACAACGUCCAGGUCUGUCGGACAGGGAAAUCCUACGAUGCCAUCCUGGCCAUCAAAUGAACCUGUCAGGCUGUUUAGACCAUGAAAUAUCUAUGGUUUAGACAAUGACAUCUCUAUGGUUCAGACUGGAUAUCUUAGGAAGUAUCUAUCUUGUGUGAAGCCUCCAUAUUAGCAGUCUGUCUGCAUGAACCUCACCCUUCAGAUGCAGCCGACCCGAUAGUCUCCUGGUGACUCUGUUAUUGGCUAGCUAAGAUGACAUCACAGUGUUAUUCUUUUUAUUAUUUUUUUCAGGGUCAUGUCUUCUCCCUCAAAUGCAAAUAUUUUGUUUUUCCGUGCAUAGAGUCUGUAUAUUAUCUGAGAUGUGAUAGUGAUGUUAUUCUCACUUCAAAGACGAGGGAAAAUGUGGGCAUAACUGUAAUGUUCGACCUGUAACCUGUUAGUAAUAUCCUAUUAAAGGAGUUUCCUCAGCAACAA